GAACUAAUAGACAAGUGAUACAGCAUUAGAGCAGCUUCUUUGAAACAGAUUUUCUAAUAAACAUGAUGAUAUAACUGCAACAUUAUGUGGUAACGGCUUUUACUCCUUUGUGUUUCACACAUUUUCUUCCGUAAUGUAAGAAGUUAUGGCAACAUAAAAACUGCCAAAAAACAAUGAAGAAUAUAUUGCUUCAAAGUAUAAGGACUCAACAACAGCUAGCUCUAUGAUACCACACACAGGCCAGCAUCCAUCAGUCUGGCCCUGUGCUGCCUAAUGAAUCGAUCCACUGACCACCGCUUGCCUUUUCUCAGGCAAUAAAUCACGCAAAAAAUUAAACAUCCAUACUUAGAAGGUCAAUCCUAGGGUCUUGGCAGCUAUCAAUUCUCAAUCCUUCAUUAUUAUUAAUUACACUUUACCAAUUUUAUGGCAUCAAUUAGCAAAUAAUGGAAAUUGAAUGCAUGGGCAUGGAGAAAUUGCCUUCUUGGUCAUUUAUUCGCAUCAUAAAGACUGACAAAAGGAGUGUUGAGUUCACUUGUUUUUUUAUUACUUUUGGGAAUAGGUUUCACCCUUGAUCAUUGUUGGGAUGCCUCCUAUUAGUGUGGGAAUCUAACUGCUCCCUUUCACAGAGUAGAUGAACCUGUAACUAUUCUUAACCAGGUUUCUUGUCCUUUAACUUACUAGGAUAAAAAGUAGCAGAACUGAACAUUUACUGAUUGAAGCUGAAUGGCUAAAGAAGAAGAAGCACAAUUGGAUUCCAUUAAGAAACUGGCUCCAUAAUGAAACAAAAAUAUUUUUCAUCCUUUUUAUGAAGUGCUAAUAUACUACUUAGUGUCAAUAUCUUGGAAGAAGUGUAAUAAAAUCUUUUAGAUGAGGGAAAGAUAAAUAAAUAAAAGGAAGAUGCUAAUAGUCUGAUAUCCAGGCAUGUUGUCGGACUUCCUGUAAAUAAUCUAAACUGAUUUCAAGACAUCCUUCCAUGGCAGCAAACUUCAAAUGAAUUUAAGUAACCUGUGUUCAAUGUAGACACUCCAGUAAUGGAACAUCAAACGAUUCAAAACUGAAGAGUGGCAAAAAAUAGGAAGAUACUGGCUCGAUUACUACAAGUAGAAGCAAUUUUUCAUUGAUAUUGAAAGUGGAACCAAAAUACGAAAUAAAAGACAAACAUGGCUAACGAGUCAUAUUAUUUGACCAUAAACUGUUCGUCUGAUGGUGCUGAAGAGGAUUUGAACUCCACUUUGGUUUUCACGGAUGAACAGAUUGAGAUACUGAGAGCACUGCAGUAUUACUUAUACAGCAUAAUCAUUCCUGUUGUUUGUUCAUUUGGGAUUCUGGGUAAUAUUCUAAAUGUCAUCAUUUUUACAAAGAAAAAGAAUACAGGAAUGCUGGAUGAAGUGGAAUACUGUACGACCAUAUGUUUGGUGUCUCUUGCAGUAUCCGACAUGAUGUUUUGCAUAGCUACAUUCCCUGUUGGAUUUCAAACUCUCAACCAGAAAAUUUUCCAUCGAAGUGAUUUCAUGUUGUAUUACACAAUGUACAGUUCCGUCAUAAUCAGUAUCUUUAUAUUCAGUAGCACCAUGUUGACAGUACUAACUGCAUUGAUGAGAUACCUGGCGAUAUGUCACCCAUUCCGCUCACGUCAGUUCAUCUCAAUCAAAGCCACUAGUAUAGGUAUACUUGUGGUGGCUCUCAUCUCUAUUGCGUUCAACCUUGUGUCUUUUUGGCAUUAUAUAACAGACGACUGUGCAGAAGAGGACUACACACAGAUCCAAAUGAGCUCUUUAUUCCAAAGUUCCUCCUUCCAGUACACACACAAACUACUGUGGGCUGUAUUUGGAAACUUCAUACCAUUAUCCAUCUUACUUUACUGUAAUCUCCAAUUAAUUCGCGCCUUACGACAAAGCCGACAACUUCGUCUGCUCCAUAGUCGGGACGACACCUCCUGCUUGUCUGCUCAUCGCCGAAUUAACAUCACCCUGGUCACUAUCAUCAUCUUCUUCUUCAUCCUUGUGGCUCCAUCAGAAAUCACCAAAUUCAUCAUGCUUCUGAGCAAGGACCAGGGGUUCAGCUAUGCUAUUGUAUCCCUAGUCACCAAUACGCUACAAUGUAUCAACUUCUCAGUGAAUUUUGUGUUGUAUUAUGUCAUCAUUGCUCCGUUUCGCCAUUCUCUACAUGAGUUUCUAUGUUCUUUUCCUCGUGCAAUUCGUCACAUGGAAGAGGCCGACCAGUCCUCAGCAAACAGUGGCAGACAGCCACAAACAGUGAUGCUGAUAUCCAUCAAAGACAAAAAUCAUAUAUAAAAAACAGUGGAAAAUCCCAAGGAAGUGAAGGGCUUUAUCCACUGAAAUUAUAAGAUAACUGUCUACAUUAUUUUGGACUAAUUCAGCAACUGACCAGUUUUCAGCAUCUUUAUUGAUGACCAUAAUGAACUGGGCAUUCAUUUGAUAAAGGCAUGAGGUGAUUUCACACUGAUUAAAUGAACAGAUUUAGUUGUUUAAAAUUUCAUGAAAAUAAUACUUAAAAAAGCCACUUCAAAUGAGUAAUGCUCUUUAUUUCAAGAAUUAUUGGACGUACAUGUACUGAUAAUGGAUUAUGUCUUUUUCCUCUGUCAAAUUCCACUGUUUUGGUCAGUGAUUCUGUGAUUAUUGUGUGUGACUAUGUUUAACAGUCAUCCAUUUAACUCACUUUUAACUGAAGUGUAUACAAGUAUAUAUGACUAAACAAUUUCCAGUUUCAAUGUUGUGAAUCCCUGCGUUGAUGAUAAAUUGAAUUUUGAAUACUGGCUGUGUCAUUAGAGAUGUUUGCUUGUUAUCAUUGGUGUAAAAAUAAAUUGAUAUAAAUUGA